GCGAUGCCUGAGACAUCCUUCCUUGGUUAACAUGUUUAAACCCAACAGGAGUACAAGAUUACUAAGAUUUCGAAGUGAGACAAGAAGAAUAAGGAAUAUUACAAUUUCUGAAAGGCAUCCGACUAAUUUCAUAAAUACACAGGGAACUGAAAGGGUGUACAAAGCUUAUGAUAUUUUAUCUAAUCCGUACGAAUCAUUCAAAUACUCAGUUCCAAAAUGUUUACUGGUCUAUGAGUCAACGAAUUCGUGUUUUCUUGAGGAGAUUUUUGACCACUUUAGAUCUAAUAAAGACAUCUUUGAAUUCGUCUGUCAGAAAUUUUGGAAAUCGGGUUCAAUUAGGUGUAUUGUCUUGGACAAUCUAAUCCAUAUUUUGAGCCAGGAGAAGGUGCAGCUAGUUGAAGAUAUUCUUGAUAAACUUGCUGAACUGGGAGUUGCACCAGGGUUCAGUGUGAAACAGAGAAAAGGUGAGAUCACAUUGUUGGAUCAUAUGGCUAAUCAAAUAAUUGUUUUAGCAGCAAUUUGUGGUGAACCGUUGGUUGCUACUCUGUAUAUGAUACAGUGCAAAACUCUGUACCAACAGAACCAAGUUCUUAUUGAAGAGGAGACAAUAAGGACGGUUUUAAGGUGCCUUUGCGCUUACAGGGGCAAAAGAUUGGUGUAUUAUAAUUAUGCUGUUGUUCGAUUGGUUAAUUCCUUCUACUUAUAUCCAUACUCUGCAGUGGAUCUUGCGGGUAUAAUCUCUUUGGCCAUAUCGGGACUGGAUGAUGUGUACUUUGCAAAUAUCAUCUAUGGGAAGCUAAGUAACAAAAUCACAAAAAAUGAAUGUUCCAUGGACCUUCUGCUAGCUUUGAAAGAUUUAAUUUUGAAAAACGUAGAGUUGGGACAUCACGAAACUGCAUUAGAGAUAUGGAGAAACUCCAAAGACUUGAAAUAUGUAUUUGAUGAUCCUGAUGUGCAUUUAUCAUUUCUUGGUAACUUGAACGGACAUUAUGCCGACCUUUUCCUACGAGAGGCGAACCUAGAUGAAUCCAAAAGAGAAAUUGUGGAUGCUUUGAUACGGGUUGUUGGAUCUAAAGAUUCUGAGUUACUUGAGUGUAUAAUGUUGAAGAUCGGGUCUCCUGUGAGACGUCUGACACUUUCUGCUUUGUUUGAAGCAUUUCUCAAGCAAAGGAAGGAUGCUGAAUCAGAGAAGGUCCUUCAGUCAAUAUUUAAAACAAGAACAGGUUUAGCUCCCCAAGAUUUUAGCCAAAUAGCCAAAAAAGUGUUAGAAGUGAAUGAUGUGGAGAAAGCCAUUGAUAUGGCACUGAGUUAUCAUAUCAAAAUAUCUGGAGGUGGUUACGUACAUAUUUUUGAGCAUAUCCUUAUGAAUGAAGAACCUCAGAAAUACAAUGCAUUCUUCAAUACGAUGGUAGAAAAAAUGAAGGAUGCUGAUAAUGACUCAAGAUCAUUACUUUUUCCUAUACUUGUUAGAUAUUUGUCAAUCAAGUAUCAUGUACGUUUAAGUCGAAGCUUUAUCAGUUCUAUGGUGAAGAACUUUCAUACAAGCGACUCAACCCCAGAUAUAUCUGAACUUCCAGAUUUAGGGAAAUAUUCUCUUACAAAUGAUAUUUAUAAUGUGAUUUACUUCAGUCCUUCCAGCUUUCAAAAGGGUUUAGUUGUUCUUUUAGAGGAAGCCUUAAAAUCAAAGGAAUUGGAUAUUGUCAAAUGGUGCAUUACAGAACUACGACAAGAAGGAUUCUUAGUCCAGGAAAUCCUUUCUUUGAUCAAGAAUUUCAACCCCUCUCUUUUUAGAGAAUUAUUCCACGAAGAUAUCGAAAACAGUAUCAGAUAAUCAUCUAUUAUAUUAUGUACAUGCAAAAUAACAACGAAACAGGUAGGUAUGGUUUUAUUUCUUAGAUUUCAGUUGUUUUUUGUCAAACAACUUUCCACCGCUGGCCACCUCUUUCACAUUUUGGCCCAAUAACUCUAUUAAGCCAUCCUUUUGGGUACUAUUAGUUUCCGACGUCUCGGACGUAGCUUCUAUACUUGGCAGAAAAGAUGCAAAUCUUUGAUUGAACUUGUUAACCUUUCCAGUGGCAUUUGGAUCCACCGCCACUAAAUCAGAUCUAUUUGGGUUCCAUAAUACACUAUUCCUCUGGUCGUUGAUCAUUCUGAUUUCAUCUUUAGGGGCUUGGGAUCUUCUUUUAAUCACAGAACCAUCGCUUAAUUCGACCAAAGUCUCGAAUUGAUGGAAAAUAGCAGGUCUUGCUUUUCCCAAUUUUAUCUUUCUCAUCACUCUCCUGUUUGAUAAGUGCACAUCACCCUUCAUGGCAAUACCCCUAGCAAACUCUCUUUGAAUAGAGAGUUUACCUAUCAUCAUAUUUCUGAACAUUGUUAUAUUGAAAAAACUUUUGCACCAAAAUCCUUCGCGAAUUUUGUUCGUUGAAAACUUUUGCUGAGCGAUAAUUGAUCUAAUUGAAAAUGGCAUUUUCAACA